ACUUUCUUUCCAUGAUGCACAGGCAAGCACAGGGGUGAAAGGUCACAAAAAUGGCGCUGGCCGUCUGUCUUUUACCCCGCUUGCUACUUUCUCGGCCUCUACCGGCCUGGGCCGCCCGCCUCCGGACUCCCGGUUCGGCCGAGGUGAAGCCCCCAUCGUCUGGACUUUGCUGCUUCUGCCGCCGCCGCCUCUGCUCGGGAGCAGCCCCAUUUCCUCGAGUCUCUUGGGCCUCCGCGGCCUUGGCCCUGUCUGCUCGGGGUCCUCAGCGUCCCGUGCUCAGCCCCCUGGAAGUCGCCGCAACCCUCCCCACUUUCCCUUCCUACCCCCGGCGAACCUACAGCACCGAGGAGCAGCCCCAGCAGCGUCAGAAAACCAAAAUGAUCAUUCUAGGGUUCUCCAACCCCAUCAACUGGGUUCGGACUCGAAUUUACUCCUUCCUUAUCUGGGCCUAUUUCGACCAAGAGUUCAGCAUCACAGAGUUCUCAGAAGGAGCGAAGCAGGCUUUUGCUCAUGUGUCCAAAUUGCUGUCACAGUGUAAGUUUGAUCUAUUGGAAGAACUUGUGGCCAAAGAGACUCUACGUGUAUUGAAAGAAAAGGUUACUUCACUACCUGACAACCAUAAAAAUGCCCUUGCUGCUGACAUAGAUGAAAUUGUGUACACAUCAACAGGAGACAUCUCCAUUUACUAUGAUGAGAAAGGAAGGAAGUUUGUUAACAUCCUGGUGUGCUUUUGGUAUCUAACCAGUGCCAACAUCCCCAGUGAGGCCAUAAGUGGAGCCCGUGUGUUCCAGGUUAAGUUGGGGGAUCAGAACGUGGAAACCAAACAGCUUCUUAGUGCAAGCUAUGAAUUUCAGAGAGAGUUUACACAAGGAGUGAAGCCUGACUGGACCAUUGCACGGAUUGAACACCCAAAGUUAUUAGAAUAAUUGUUCUUGGAAAAAUCAGCGUAUUGAACUUUUGGCAAUUACUGUGAAAGACUAAGGGAGAAAAAAUUUUCAGAUCAAUUGAUCUUCACUUAAUCAAGUUUGUGGAUUACUUUUGUAUUAUUAUAAAAUGUUCCUUGUAGUAAAUAAGCAUGAUACAGUAAAGCAUUUUCCACAGAUUUUCGUCACUUUCUGUAGAAGUCAAAGUAAAAAGAAUUACAGCAGCCCGUCACUGGUGUCAUGUUAGUGUAUUUCUCAUGUUACAUGUAUAUGUAUAUAUACACAAACUAAUUUUACAGGUAAUAAAGAAGAUAUUGAAAAAAUACACAUUUCUAAAUUCAUAGUCCUGAAAUAUUUAUUUGUGGUUAAUACACUUAUACCAAUAAUUCAAGUAUGUGGAAGAUUUAUUUUUAAAAAGUCACUGCUGCUAUUUGAUUACCUCUUUGUUCACUAGCUAGAUGAGAAAGAAUAGAUGGAAUUACAGCAGAUGGGUCACUGCAGAACUAAAAAUCAGUGAACCUUAUUAAAGCACAAAGAGAAAAAAAAAAUAGAACAGUGCCUUAGUCCCCUAUGAAAUAACAUCAAGUCUUUCUAACAUACUUGUAUUGGACUCCUAGAAGAUGGGAUAAGGGAAACAAAAACAAUGUAAAAAAUAAUGUCUGAAAGUUUUCCUAAUUAUGAAAAUUAUAAACCCAGAGAUCCAAGAAAUUCAACCAUCAGGGACACACAUAAAGAAAACUAAAGUACAUCAUAAUCAAAGUGUUGAAAACGAGAGAAAAUUAGAAAAGCAGCUGGAGAAGAAAAAAACAACCACAUUCCAGACAGAGAGUGACUGUAUUUCUUUUCUCAAACUCUAAGUUAGAGGCCUUGGCAUGGUAUCUUUGAAAGAAAAACAUAAACCUUUUGACUUAGAAUUCCAUGUUCAGGAAAUAUAUCCUUCAGAAAAGGUGAGAAAAGAUUUUCAGACAAAGAAAAGAUGAUAGAAUUUGUUGCCAGAAAACCUGUUUUAUAAGAAAUGUUAGGGGCCAGUGGACAGAAUAGAGUUCGAAAAUGGACCCAUACAUAUUGCACAAUUGAUUCUGACAAAGGUGCCAUGGUUAUUUAAUGAGAAAAGUCUUAACAAAUAGAAUAACUAUAUAUUCAAGUAGCAAAUAACCUCAUCUUUUGCCUUACACAAUACAUAAUUUUAGUACAAAAUUUAGAUUGUGAAAUGGAUCAUAGAUUUAACAAAAGCUAGUACUCUAGAAAUUCUGAAAAGAAACAGAAAUUACUGUCUUGGGAUAGAGAAAGAUUUCUUAGUGAAUUGUGAAAGAAAAAAUUAAUUAAAAUUAAUACUUCUGUUCACAGUAGCAAGGAAAUGGAAAGUCAGGUCACAGGUUGGGGAAAACUAUUUGUAAUACAUAUUAUCUAACAAAGGGCCUGUAUUUGGAAUAUAUAUAUAAUGCUUAUAACUCAAUAAUGGAAAAUUAGCUUUAUACAACUAUCAUGACUCAUCAAACUAUGGACUUAAAAUGGGUCCAUCUUACUAUAUGUAAAUUAUUAUAUAUUUUAAUGCAAGUUAUACCUAAACAAAGCUUGCUAAAAUAUUUAGCAAGAGUAAUUUGCAGAAAAAUAAAUGAUUAAAUUUUUGUAAAGGAUAAAGCAGCUAAUCUGUUUUAUCUAAUCUUAGAUGAAACAGAAAAUAAGAUCAAUUAGGCACAUAAUUGGCAGCCUGGAUGGGAGAGGAGUUUGGGGGAGAAUGGAUACAAGUGUUUGUAUGGCCGAGUCCCUUUGCCAUUCACCUGAAACAAUCACAUUAUUAAUCAGCUAUAUCCCAAUGCAAAAUAAAAAGUUUAAGAAAGGCACAUAUUACUGAAAAAGAAAAACGCAACCAGUUACACUAUCUGUUGUAAGACACAUUUCCAGUGGUUUUAAAAAUAGAUGGGGAGUGUUUAACUUAGAAUUAAUGAAAUACAGUGCUAUUUAUUGUUUGUAAAAAUAUACAUGAAUUGUAAAACUUUUCUAAAAUGCAAGAGAUUAAUAAGGCACUAAAUGCAUGAUAUAUUGUGGCAACUAUCUGGGAGGGAAGGGAGUGGAACUUGACUGUAAUGUUUUGUUUCUUAAAAAAAAAAAAAUCUUGAUACUCAAA